AUGGCGAUCGCCACCUCGUAUAUGGCCGCCUACACCAGUUGCUGGCUGGAAAACGCCGUGCUUGUUGGGCUCGUUGACUUUGUCAACGAGACGAUGGUGACUGAAAUGGCCAAAAUUGCUGACGCCUCUGGAAACCCAGGAAGCCUCUACUACAUCAACAUGAGAGGGAACAAAGCACAGAAGAGCUUCAAAGAGAGUGACCUCUACGACUACAGCCUCUUCAAACCGCUUAUGGACGACCCACCAGAACCGAUCAUCCAGCAAUACAACAUGUUGGACACAGAGCAAUCUGGAAUCGUCACGAUCUGCAAAAGAAUGGCCUACUGUCAACCGCCAAGAUGCCCACUCCAAGAGUUUAACCUUUUCGUUGACCCGGCGAUGAUCGAGUACCCGACCGAGGCGAUGACAUUGGCUCCGCCACCACCGGUCGACCGAGGUGAGGAUGAGGUGAUGAACUACACAAAAUGGCACGACAGCUGUGAUGAAAAUGCCAGCAAAGACUACUGCAAUCUCGGCAAAUGUGUGGAUGGAGAAAAAGGAGCUCGAUGUGACUGCAUGCGUCUAUGGAUUGGCGGCGAGUUCUGCGAGUACAACUUCACCAAGCGCGCCCUCCUCCCCACCGGUGAUGAGUGCAUCCAGAGCGUCUCACAGAAUUUUGUGGUUUCUGUGACAGCAAUCUGGUCAGGAUUCCAGCUCGUCUUCGACCACCCGCCGAUUUUCGCCGUGAACCUCGUUGCUUGCCGCCUCUCCCAUUGGUUUCUCGCUCUUUGCAGCCAAUUUGUGGCCUGGAACUGGUUAGUCCAAUCGUGGAACGCGUACAUGGUGGUAAGCGGUCGAUCGAUCAACCAAUACAACGAGGACAUCGAUGGAAAAAGGAGAUGGUGGCUUGGACCAUUCACCCUUUCACUGUUCCCCUUCUACGUCUUUCUCUGGUUCAACUCGUUCGUCGCCUUGUACGGCUACAACCAGAUGGGCUCACUCUGGACCUGCUCCGCUCGAUUCACCGCCGAUACGUAUCUCAUUUGGGGACCUGAAUUGGCGAUGCAAGUAGCUCUGUUCGGGUUUGCCUGGGGAUUCAAUAUGGCUGCCCAAUUUAGGAGAGCUCAAACACCGCACGGAUGGAUUUGCACACUCAAAUGGUUUGAAGUUAACCGUCCACUGGAAAUCGAGAAAGCUUUGCGUGUCCACCGCAACCAGGUGUUCAUGUGGUUAGGCCCACCACUCCAGUUAGCCUACUGGAUCGCCGCCAACAUGGCGAGCAACCGGAACACCUGUACCCUCACCUGGACCGCCGCCGCACUUGGAUCUGUUUAUGGGGCGGUCAUCUUCGUGCAAGGACUCAUCACCCACUCGCCGACGUACAAGUAUGUGGUCAAAUACGUGAUGAUCUAUGCCCCGAAAUGGAUGAGCCCGCGCUUCGACCCGACUACACUCAGGAAUCGAUUUGAGAGACUGGCGAAGAACAACAAGGCCCGAUUGCACAAGGAGUUGAUGCAGGAAAAAGAGAAGAAAGAAAAGGAAAAGAAGAAGGAGAUUGAGGAGAUUAUCAGGAAGAAUGAGAAGAUGAAGAAGAAGUUUGGAGAGCUGCCUGCUCAACUCGUCUAUCACGUGCCAACGAAUGGACCGGACACGGCGAUCAGCCCAUGGAAAUUCCACCCAUCGAUAAAGCAGUAUAUUUCGGAGUACAAGAGACGUGUGCUUAUCAAGCAGAUGUGCUUGGAAUAUUGGAUACAACGCGCGAUCUCGCGGCUCUCCAAAAAGCAAUCGAUGACUCGCCUCGUCAACAACUGCAAGGCGAACAAACUCUUCGAAGGGAAAAGCCAACGGGAUCAGACGUGGGCUCUCCUUGCUAUCGUCCAGAAACAGCUGAUCGACCUUGACCACUUCGAGAUCCCGGACGAUUCCAUCCCGGACAAGUUAUUGUUGACGAAUGCAACGGCUCAUCCAGCGGACCAGUUCGAGUCGAUGAUUCUCAACAUCACCAAAUGGAUCUCGAGCGACGCAUGGAAGAAGGCGAACGCCCGUUACCAGAAAUAUCAUGAUGGAGUGGCACCACUGAUAGCCGUGAUGAAAUGGCUUAAAUACAUCCCACCAAACACGCCGGAUCACGCUAGUCACAUAUCGGUGGAGAAAGACGCCUCUGGGGAGAGAGGAUGGAGACAAUUCGAGAGACCACCGGAGAUCGUCUUGGAGUCACAGCUUCCUGAGCAAUUCGAGUUCCUGGAAGAGGAGCUGGUGAUGAGGAACGAGCGCUAUGAUAAAAUCUACACCGAUGAUCCGAUGUUCGCCCAAUGGAUCGGCACACCGUAUGAAGAGGCUGCACGAGAGAUUAUGAAGCCCGUCGAGGCGUUCAUCUUGGAUGAACAAGGGCAACCCGGGAUGACCAUCAACCCGCGAGAAAAGCCCAUUGAGAACUGGUUCCUCAACGACGCGAGGCCAGGAUUUAUUGGCCCUCGAGAGCGAUCCCCAGUUGAGCUCGGGCCGCUCACCGACCACAUCCGGGCAACGUGCUACUUCCAGACGUGCCUCGACGCCGGCUGGAGACCGAUCGCGAGAACCCAUCUCAACCAGAGGGAACGCUUAUUGAUGGGACCUCAUCCAUUAGACGGAUAUGUCCUUGGCAACCGCGUGGACGCCUUCGAGGACGAUCCAAUUGAACUUCAAUCGGGCAAUCCGUACAAUGGACCGUAU